AUGGAAGCCCUCAACAUGUCCCUCCCACCAGGCUUCAGGUUUCAUCCCACCGACGAGGAGCUCAUUGUUCAUUAUCUGAACAAGAAGGUCUCGUCUUCUUCUACAAAUCCCUUAGUUUCUAUCGUAGCUGAAAUCAACCUCUACAAGUUUAAUCCAUGGGAACUUCCUGAGAGGGCCUUCUUUGGUGAGAAUGAAUGGUUUUUCUUCAGCCCGAGGGAUCGGAAAUAUCCAAAUGGUUCUCGUCCCAACAGAGCUGCUGCAUCUGGCUAUUGGAAAGCAACGGGAACCGAUAAACCGAUCCUUUCCUCUAAUGCAUCACAGCGUAUUGGAGUGAAGAAGGCUCUUGUGUUUUACAGAGGUCGCCCUCCAAAAGGCACAAAAACCAACUGGAUGAUGUAUGAGUAUAGGCUUCUCAAUGACAGCCAUGGUUCUUUGAGGCUAAGAGGAUCAAUGAGAUUGGAUGAUUGGGUUCUAUGCCGUAUUCGCCAAAAGGGCAACAUUGUGAGAGAGAGACAAGAGAACCCAAAGAACAACAACACUGGAACCUCAUCUUCCUAUGAUCUAGGGUACUUCGAGCAAGAUUUAAUGGAGAAGAUCAGUUAUUUUAACUACAACAAUGGGUUCGCCCCAUGGGAAAGUGAAGUUGUAGACGAACAUGGACACCUUGAAUUCCAAGGAGGGACCUCAAAUUCUUACUCUCAAACAAACAGAGUUUGUUCAAUGAAUGAUGCACUUGAAACAAUCAGAAGAGUGCUUUCUCUUGGAGCUUUAGAUGAACAAAUUCCACUGCAAACAAACAAGAAAUCAUGUUCUCUCACUUCAAGUAACUCAGACAACUCAGGAAUAUUUGAGCUCUCCUCCAGCUAA